AUGCGGGAUGUCAUUUUACCGCAGAGGUUUACUGAUACAGACACCUCACGAGGUUUACAUUAUAAUGGUAACAAAAUUUCGGAUUUUAUCAGAUUCUGUUCGGUUCUAAGCACAAGUACACGACUUCAGGGUGUCAGAUGGAAUUUCCGAGCCGUUGUAAUGCUAGGUGAAACGAUAUAUUAUUGGAUUGGAGCUUCCCUCGCAGUACUCUUCAUGCUUCUCGUUUGUCAUUGCAUAAGACAAAUGCAGGAAGACGAAGAAAAUGACAACAUUAACACCAAUCUAAGAACUGUCAACACGAAUGGAAUUCAAAGGGAAGCAGAAAUUCAACGAGAUGGACAGGUGGAAAGGAUGACAGUGCCCCUCGAUCAUAUAUUGAAGUCGAAGAUGAGACGGAAGCACCUCCGCCAAGUUAUGAAGAAGUUAUGAGAGCUUCACAGGAGGCUCCUCAUUCGAGAACACCGUCAAACGAUCAUCAUGUUACCACGUAUAUUUAAAUUUUAUACGUGAAGGGUUCACGCGGCUGUUUCCCUGACAACCGUAACCGCUGUCAGUCGUUCACCCGCUCUUUCACUGGCCUUUACCGAACGAGGACUUGAGACUGGCUACCUCCACCAAACUGUGAGGAGCCCUUGAGGGCUUCCACAGCCAUAUCUUGUUUGUAUGGUGGUAUUGUUAA